CGUCAAGUCGCAUCGCAUGGUACGUAUUCGAAUGCUCAGUGGCAAUUCUGAUGCGUGCGCAUAUUGAUGCAAAUUCAGACUGCCCUCGAUGUAUUAAUCGGCGCGUGAAAUGUGAUCGGAGCAUCCCAACAUGCGCAAAAUGUGCAAGUCGAGAUCUUCAAUGUCCUGGUUUUAAGCCACUCUACCUGAAGUGGAACCAGGGUAUUGCAAGCAGAGGAAAGUUUAUGGGAAAGACUACACCAAUUCUUGGAUCUGCUAAGACGAGGCGACGGCAAAUCUCGGUAGACAAGCAUUCAAGCCCAAGGCAAGUGAUGACUCGCCUCGUCGACGGACAAGCGGCCGGAGAGUCGUCCGCUGUUGUCGUUGAGACUGCUACUGAGCCGCGCGAUGCGAUACCUACUAUGCCUGCAAGCAAAGACUUGGGCAUCACUGAAAGAUAUAGCUCGGCUCUAGUAUUUAACUACCUUCACCGUCACUUCUUCCUUGAAGUCGUGCCUCGCUUCAGAUGGAUUGAUCUUCCAGAAAAUCCAUGGCGGAACACCAUCCAGCCUAUCGCCCCAUAUUCGCUUUGUCUCCGCCUAGCUAUGGCUAGUCACGCUGCUGCCCAUCUAUCAGUUGCGUGUGCACGGUCUGCUGAUGAAAGGGCACGCUUUCGUUUCAUCUACCAGCGUCUGAGGGACUCCAGUCUUCGGAUAGUUAAUGAAAGAAUACGUUCCGAUUUCCUUUGCGAUCAGAAUUCCUCCAGGCGCUGCCGACUUCCAAGGUUCCCCACUGAUAUCCUUGCGUCUACAGUCCUGUUAUGCUAUGCAGAUGCUUUCAUCCCGGGAUCCACGGAUUGGAGACUUCAUCUACGGGCCUGUCAAACCGUGAUCCGUUCUCAGGUUGUCCAGGGGAAAUACAACGGGCUAAGGAGCCCUUCAGAGACUUUUUUACUUAAGGAGGUAGCUGAUAUUGAGAUUCUAAAUGGGAUAUCAGUCUUCGACGAGAAGGCAAGUCCCAUUACAGCUUUCCUCUUUGAGCACAUACAUAGCGAGUCCCCGUGGACCUUUACUAAGCUUCUCAGCGAGAUUACUAUAAUGGAAAGGAGCCGAUAUACAUCCUUGCGGUACCGCCAACAUAUUCCCGAGGUGCGAAUGCAAUUAUGGCAUCAGCGAGCCGAAGGCGCUUACUAUGGACUUCUCGCCGCUCUUGCGUCAUUUCCCAUGCACCAACAAGCGCGAGGGUGCCUUGAAACCGUCAUACUAUCGCACUACUAUGCCAUUAUAAUUUACAGCUACCAGGCAUUGGCGCCGCCGGACAAGCUGGACGACGCUCUGGAGUCUUGCCUAGGACAGCUCCAACAAUGUGUGCACUCAAUAAUUUACGGCUCCGAGCAACAGUUCUCUCAUGACCUGUUCAUACCGUUAUUCAUUCUAGGCACUGAAUGCCGUGGAGACAGGAAUAAGCAGCUUAUGGUGGAGGACCUCUUCCUCAAGGUACUCAUUAUUACUGGGAUGUGGUGGAAUCACACAGCUUUACAGUUCUUGCGAAUAUUUUGGUCAAGCCUGGAGUCAGACGACAUAGGUUGGAUACAGUUUGCUCGGGAUAAUGAGGCUCAGGUUGGAAAUUUCAUUCUCUUUUGAUCAGGCGGUCUUAUGAAGUUCUAUGUCGUGUGGAUUGCUUCCCUACCUGAUGUAUAUCCCCCCC